AUGAAUGGGGCUCCCCUCCCCCAUGAGGGGGGGUCCCCGCGGCCGCGCAGGUUCGCCCGGCCAGCCCCGGGCCCGGAAGACAAAAGCAGCACCAGGGAGACCAAUGGAGCGCUCCCCACCCCCACCCCCCUCGCCAAAACUUACCGGUCACCUCUCCCCUCCCCAAAACAAAAGAAGCUUCCCCUUCCCCCCCCGCCCGCUCCAGUCUCCGCCCGCCUCCCCCCAACCCCCGACGUGCCGGCACUUUGGGGGAGCGGCCCCAUCGGGGUAUUGUUCAGCCUGCAGGGAGCGCGCGCAGCACCCCAGCCCCAGCCCCCGGGGGACACUUGGGGAAGCUGGGCACCCCCUCUCCACUGCACCUCCGCCCCCCUACCGGAGACGGGGGUCCCCGGGCGGCCGGCCGGCCGGCCUGACCCCUCAGAGGGCGGGAAUGAGCUGGGCCCGGGCCUCCCCACAAGCACGAGCGAGAGAAGUUUCCGCAGCGCGCCCGGCCCGGGCCGAGCCCCGCGCGCGCACUCACCUCGCCCCGAGCCGCGCAACUUGUGUCCGGCGCCGCCGCUCCGAGCCUGCGCCCGCCGGCCGCCGCCGCCGCCGAGCCCGGGCCGCGCCGCGGCCGCCGAGGGCCCGGCGCCCGGAGCCGCCGCGCGCCGCCCCCCCGGGCCGCCCCCGCCCCGCGCCCGCGCCCCCCGCCGCCGCCGAGUCCCCGAGACGCGCGGGCGCUGGAAAGUUUCGGGUGCCGAAUGGCGGCGAGGGCGCUGCGGCGGCGGCGGCGGCGGCGGGGCGGGGGCGCGGGCGGCUCCUCGCUCCCGAGCGCGGAGGACGGGGCGGGCGGGGGUGGGGGGGAAACGGCGGCGGCGGCGGGAGAGGGCGGGACGCGGGAGGGACCGGCGCGGCCAGUGA